UACGUGGAGAACAAACAUGGCGGCGAGCAGCGCGCGGCGAGUCGGUGUCGGUGGCGCGUGAGCCGCGCGAGCCGCUUUGCUGUGCGUGUGUUUGUGUUUAUGAAGCCCGUGUCUCCCUCCGCAGCCUCGCGCGCAGCGGCCAUGGAGGACGAGGAGAGGAGGAGGAAGCUCGAGGCCGGCAGGGCUAAGCUGGCGGAGUACAGGCAGAGGAAGGCCCAGAGCGAUGGACAGAAGAAGCAGAAGAAGAAGAAGCAGAAGGGAUCGGAGCCGGAGGACAGCGGCGUCCAGCAGGAGGGGGCUGGAGAGAGAAAGGAAACGCCCACCACAGAGUUCUCCUUCUCUAGAACCCUGCGCAGCGGAGAGACGGUCAAACACGACCAAACGUACACCAUAGAGCCCGAGAGCGAAGUGUCCACCACGGCUGAAGACUGCUCCUCCGAGGUGAAUGGGUGCCAUGUGCUGUCUCAGAGGUCACUGAAGGAUGAAGAGCUACAUCCUCCAAUGUCUCCUCUGGAGGAGGAGCUCCAGCAGGCCGAGCCGCCGAGCCGCCUGCAGGCCAUGGAGGACGAGCUGGCUGCCAAAAACCUGACGGUGGAGGAGCUGAGCCGAGAGCUGGAAGAGAUCAGGGCGGCGUUCGGAGCUGAGGGAGUGCAACAGCUGCAGGACUUUGAGGCUGCGCUGAAACAGAGAGAUGGAAUCAUCACCCAGCUGACGGCCAACCUGCAGCAGGCUCGUACGGAGAAGGACGAGGUGAUGAGGGAGUUCCUGGAGCUGACGGAGCAGAGCCAGAAACUGCAGCUCCAGUUCCAGCAGUUGCAGGUGGGUGAGUCGUUGAGGAGCUCCAGCAUCAGCAGCACUGCGGCGGACCUCAUACAGGCCAGGCAACAGGUCCUGUUCUUCCAGCAGCAGCUGGAGGAUAGAGGUGUUAAGGUCAAAGAUCUCCAGGUUCAGCUGGAGGAGAGGGACAUAGAGGUCAUAGGUCUUCAGGAGAAGCUGUUACAGAUGACCCAGAGGCUCUCCCAGAUCGAAACGGUCUCGAGGGAAGCAGAAGAAUCCUUCACCCGGAGACUGCAGGAGAAAGACCUGAGGGUGGCAGAACAGGAGAAGCUGUUAGCCGAGCUCCAGGAUGGCGUCCGAGCGUCCGAGCAACGUCUCCAACAGGUUGCAUGGGAAGCAGAAGAAUCAUUUGCUCAGAGACUGCAGGAGAAGGACCUGCAGAGAGUAGAACAGGAGAGGCUGAUAGCCGAGCAGCAGCAGCUGUUAGCCCAGCUCCAGGACAAUCUCCAGGCAUCCAAAAAUCAUCUGAAUGAGGUCAGUGAGCAGCUGGCCAUGAAGGUUCGUGAGCUGGAAGCCUGUGAGCUGGACCUCCAGACAUCCAGACAGAAGGAGCGUCUCUCAUCUGGCGAGAUCCAGCAGCUAAUGGGCACUGUGGAAGACCUGCAGAAGCGCUACCACCACCAGGGAGCAGAGCAAGGAGACACUGCCCGUAAGAUGGACUACCUCAGGGCAGAGCUGGACGAGAUGUAUGGCCAGCAAAUUGUUCAGAUGAAGCAGGAACUCUCGGCCAGGCAUGCAGAGGAGUUGGCACGUAUCCGGGAUCAGCAUUCUGCAGAGGUGGACAAGAUCUCAGAGCAUUUAAGGGCAAAGUGGACUCAGAGUGCUGGAGAGGUCAAUGCGCUGAAUGCUCGGGUUGUAGAACUCCAGCAAAAGCUGCAGGAGAACCAGGUUCUGCGAGAGAAAGCUGAGCAGGACCUCGCACAAGUAUCAGAAAACAAGCUUUUGCUGCAGAACCAGGUACAGGAACUUGUUGAGAACUUGCGCUUGGCAAAGCAAUGUAAUGAAAUGGAAAGAAGUCAGACUGUCCAGCAGGAGCUUCAGGCUGCAAUUAGCGACCUUCAGGCUAAGCUGGUGGCUGCUCAUGAAGCCUCGAGUGAACUGGAGGCAAAGCAUGAGUCAGAGAUCACAAACUAUCAAAUCAAGCUAGAGAUGCUGGAACGGGAGAAAGAUGCGGUUCUGGACCGGAUGGCAGAGUCUCAGGAGGCAGAGCUGGAGCGGCUACGAACACAGCUCCUUUUUAGCCAUGAGGAGGAACUUUUCAGGCUCCGCGAAGACCUUCAACACGAGAGCCAGAUGAACAUGGAGAACCUGCGGGAUGAACUCCGGCAGGUCCGGAAUGGGUAUGAAGCUGAGAAAGUGGUUUUGGAUGCAGAACGAGUCUCGCUGCUACAGGAGAUUGUGGUGCUGAAGCAUGACCUGAGCCAGGCGCUGGAAAACUCUAGAGUGGACGAGCUGGUCUCGCAGCUAAAAGAACUACAGGAAGAAGUUCAGGAACUGAGAAAAAGAGACAGUGAGAAAAGUGAGCCUGAAGUGGAAGAGACAUGGAAAGACAAUCUAGAGUCUGAAAACAAGCUUUUGAAAGAAAAAGAAACUGCCAUGGUAGAAGAGCUGAAGUCUCUCAAAGAAGAUCAUGAGGUUCUGCUGAAAAAAAUGGGGACUCUUGCCACAGACAACGAAAAAGCGAACAAAUUAGUGGAAGAACUGAGAGCUGAAAUCGAGAAGCAGAAGACCACAUUCUCAUUCGCAGAGAAAAACUUUGAGAUAAACUGCCAGGAGCUGAGGGAGGAGCUGGAGGAGCGACUGAGGGAGCUGACACUGCAGUAUGAGACAAAACUCCAGAAACUUCAGACAAAGCUACAGACCCCUGAGCAGGGACAUGAGAAAGGGUGGACAGAAGAGAGAGAGGAGAAGGAAACGGAUGGAGCUGCAUUAGUAGAGAAGGAUGUGACUGAGCUAAUGGAGAAGUUGCAGAGGGUGGAGCUGGAGAAGGCAGGGCUGGAGGAGAAGGUGGAACAGAAGCAGACAGAGCUACAGAAGAUGGAGGGAGAGCUACAGUGGGUGGAGCUGGAAAAGGUGGAGCUUCUGGAACAGAAGGAGGCACAUCUCCGGAGGAUAGAGGUGGAGAAGGUGGAGCUUGUGGAGCAGUUUAAACAGAAGGAGGAGGAGCUCUGUGCAUUGAGAGAUGAGGUGAGAGAGACUGCACUGAAAAACAAUGGUCUGGAGAGAGAACUGGAAGCCCUCAAAUGGAUGCAGCUGGAAGAUGGAGGUGUUUGCUCCAUCAAAGAUCAUCAUCUCCAGCUCACAGCGCUGGAAGAGGAACUGCAGGCACUUCGCACGUUAAGGAGUGUGGAGCAGGAUCGACUCGCUGUCCUGCAGCAGGAAGAGCAGGCGCUGUUAGAGCAGAGGGAGGAGGAGGAGGUGGAGGCGGUACCUGUGGAGGGUCUCCUCGCUCCACCCCUCGCUCUGACAGGGAGAGAGAGCCAGUCGACCAUGUUCACCAAACAGAGAACACACUCUCGCAACGGCGGCAGCGGUGGCGUCGUCGUCACGGAGACACAGCAGAAGCAGGUGAAGAUCAGAGAUGUCCUCAGCGAUGGAGAGACCGGAGUCCAGGCAGUGACCCGUCCGCUCAGCAUGGAGGGAUCUGACCAUGAGGAGUGCAGGUUGCAGAUGGAAGCUCUGAGGAUCAGUCUGAGUCAGAUCCAUGCUGCACAGCUGGAGCUGCUGAAGGAGAGCCUGAACACGCAGACAACAGUUCCCAAGGAUGAUCCCAGGUGCCGGAGCUUUAACGAGGGGCAGUCGGAGGACUACAAGCGGCUCGCUCAGAUGGCGCGUGAAGACCAGACCGUGAGGAGCGACGGCGUUCCCAGCUCCGGCCCCGCCGGACCCCCCCUCGGCCAGCUGAACGAAGAAGCGAUUGACCGCUCGUCCGGCUGGGAGGUGGACAGGAGGUUGAGGCUGGAGUUCCAUGAGCAGCAGGAGCUUCAGGAACAGCAGCACAGGCAGGAGAUCCAGCGUCUGAGGAGCUAUUACAGCCAGCAGGCCGAGGAGACCGAGGAACGCUACAGGAACGAGAUCAACCUCCUGCAGAGCAGACUGCAGGAGCUGACCGGGGCAGAGGCCAUCUACAGUGUCCCAGGUGAUUCUCCACAUCUCCACCAGAGGGCAGAUCUCCUCCAGGACGCUCAGCUGGACGAGCUGGACAGCUCCAGGACAGAGAGAGACGAGAGGCCGGGAGACCCUGAGGAUCUUCAGAGGCAGAGAGAGGAGGACAUCGCCAAGGUGAUCGUGCAGAUGUCGGUGGAGUUCGCUCAGCAGACUGAACUGGCUCGGAUCAGCAGGCAGGCCGGAGACGGGGAGCGAGAGAAACUGGAGGAGGAGCUUCUUCAGCUCAGGAACCAGCUGGAGAUGCUGGAGGCUCACCACAGCACCUGCACACAGCAGGACGUACAGACUGAGGAGAAGGAACAGAUCAAACAGACCAUCUACCGUGGUGAAGAUGAGGCUGGUGAUGAAGAAAGGGAUCAUGAGGAACAUGGAGAGCAACACAGUGAUGAAGAUGAUGAAUAUAAGGUCGUAGGUGAAGAACAAGUCUUUGUCACAGAGGAGCUGCAGUAUAGUGAUGUUCUUCAACGAGAAGAUUCAGGUGAUGAAGGAAGAGAGAGGCUUGAAGAUGAAACCAUCUCCAGAUACUUGCAUUACGGUUCCUUCACUGCUGGUGAUUCUGAUGAUUAUAUAAUACGAGGUGAAAGAGGGAACACAAAGGCCUCUGAAGAUCACAGAGAAGGCCUCAGAGAAGAUUCCGCUGAAGGUCACAGAGAAGAUUCUGGUAAAGGUCACGAAGAAGAGUCUGGAGGAGAUCACAGAGAAGAUCCCAGAGGUCACAGAAAAGAUUCCGGUGAAAGUCACAGGAAAGAUCCGAGAGAUCCCAGAGAAGAUCUGAGAUAUCACAGAGAAGAUUCCAGUGAAGGUUCUGGUGAAGGUCACGAAGAAGAGUCUGGAGGAGAUCACAGAGAAGAUCCCAGAGGUCACAGAAAAGAUUCCGGUGAAGGUCACAGAAAAGAUCUGAGAGAUCCCAGAGAAGAUUCCAGUGAAGGUCACAGUGAAGAUUCUAGAGGUCACAGAGAUGAUUCUGGGAAAGGUCAUGGGGAAGAUUCUGGAGGAGAUCACGGAGAACGUUCUGGUGAAGCUGCAGUGCUCUGUCCACUCUUGGAUGAUGAUGGUGAUGAGUAUGUCGGAGGUGUAGCCGAAGCUCAGGCCCUGUUGGCUCAGCUGCAGUAUGAGCUCGCACUGCAGGCUGAGGAACAUUCUGAAGUUCUGGAGGAGCUCAGAUCUUCUCACGCUCUCCAGCUGGAGCGCCACAGGGACCAGUUGACCCAGCUGACCACCCAAAUACAAACCCUGUCCACCCAACUGGAGCAGCAGGGGGCAGAGCAAACGGACAGAGAGGAAGAAAAAGAGAGUGGAGGGGAGGAGAUACGGCGUCCGAGCAUGCAAAGCAGCGGCACACAGACAGAGGCGAGGAGCGGAGAGGAGGAUGAGGAGGGAGAGAGGAUGAGGAAGAAGGAGGAUGUGAUGUCACAACUUUCAUCACAGGACACAGAGUCUUCACCUGAUUUCAUCACAUCUGAAAGAAAUCUCCUGAGGAAGGCUAAUGAGAAGCUGCGUCAGGUUCUGGUGGAUGUGUUGAAAACCACAGCAGCGACGGAGGAGACGAUUGGCCGACAUGUGGAGACACUGCUGGAGGCGUCCAGUAGGGGGCAACAGCCUGUACACAGAGAAGCGUCCUCCGAGAGUUUCCACGGCAGCGAGACGGUGCUGGAUGACGCCAGUGUGUUCUCUGCAGAGACGGAAACCGAUGAAGGUCUGGAGAUGUCUCAGAUGUUGCUGGGGGCAGGGCUUCAUCUGGAGAGGGUGGAUCUUCAGUCAGAUGGGGCGGAGCCUCAGAUGGAGAGGGAGGAGUAUCUGAGUAGCAUCAGCUCCAGACUGCAGAGCGCCGUGGAGAAGCUUCUGUUCACUAUCACAGAGACCACCAGCCAGCUGGAGCAUGCUCGGGUAACUCAGACGGAGCUGAUGAGGGAGAAGUUCCGCCACAGUGAGGAGAUCGCGGAGUUACUGAGGAGGCAGGAGGAGCUCCAGGAGCGGCUGCAGGAGGAGGCCAGCGCCCGCCAGCGCCUUGCGCUGCAGCUGCACAACGCUGAAGGGCUGAUUGAUGGGUACUCGGGUGAGAGGCGGGCACUGGAGGAGCAGGUACGUGAAAGGGCAGAGCUUCAGCUGCAGUUGGAGCAGGAGCUUCAGGUGACCAGCAGCCGUCUGCAUGAGCUGGAGGACGAGAGACAAAAUCUCCACCACCAGAGGGAGCUGCUGCACCGGCAACAGGAGGCCAUGAGGGGCGGAGCCGGAGGGAGAGAACUACGCCUAGUUGAGGCUGCAGGUGAUGCAGCACCUGAGGCAGACCUCCUGGAGGAGACAGAGAAGCUGAUGCAGGAGAAGGUGGAGGUGCAGCGCCAGGCGGAAAAAGAACAUGCAGAGCUCCUGCAGCAGGUGAAGCAGCUGGAGGCCGAGCUUGAGGAGCAAGUGGGGCAUUUCGCAGAGCUGGAGGAUGCACACCGGGCUGAGAGCGCUGACCUCACACAGCAGAUCCACGCUCUGGAAAAACAGCUGGAGAAUAACCGCAGAUUCCUAGAUGAGCAAGCAGUGGACAGAGAGCACGAGAGAGACGUGUUUCAGCAGGAAAUCCAGAAACUGGAACAGCAGCUGAAGAAUCCUCCGAAACCCCUGCCCAGCAGUGACCAGCACCACAGAGAGGUGGAGGAGUUGAGCAGUGCUCUGAGGGAGAAAGCUGAUUGGUGCAGUGAACUACUCCUGCGCUCGGAGCAGCUGCAGCGGGAGGUGGAGGAGAGGGAUGAGGAGAUCGAGAAGCUGGAGUCUCGCGUCAGAGCGCUGGAGCAGGCGCUGACCGCUAACGCCGACACGCUCAGCACAGCAGAGGAGAGUAAGCAGUAUGCCUCUAUGGCAGCUGGUGAUGAUGCCACACUGGAGGCUCUCCUCCAGACUGAGAGAGAGGCACUGGACAGGAAGGAGAAGGAGAUUGUUAACCUGGAGGAGCAGCUGGAGCAGUUCAGAGAGGAGCUCCAGAAUAAGAGUGAAGAGGUCCAGCAGCUGCACAUGCAGCUGGAGAUCCAGCGCAAGGAGAUCAACACACAGCAGCAGGAGCUCCUGGCUCAGACUGACCUGCACGCGGUGCUGGAGCAGAAGGACAGGGAGAUAGCGCUGCUCAAUGAGCACAUCGCUAAAGUCCAGCUCGCUGAAACGAGCCCUGACAACAAGGAGGUGGAGGAGAAGAGCGAGCUGGUGCUGGAGCUGGAGGCUCAGGUGGAGUACCUGCGCGGAGAGCAGGAGCGGCUGAAGCGGGACGGCGAGGAGGAGGUAGAGCAGCUGAACUCGGUCAUAGAGAAGCUCCAGCAGGAACUGUCCCACAUCGAGCACAAGCAGAGCCCCGCGGAGAGCGUUCCCGAAGAGGAGGAGUACGACGAGCUCAAGCAGAAAAUGGACCAGGUGGUCAGAGAGCUGGACACGCUCAAGACCGACCACUCCUCUCUGCUCGGCAAGUACGAGAGUCUGCGGCAGGAGGCGCUGGAGAGGGAGCUGGAGACGGAGAAGCAGGGCGAGAGGCUGGAGGACGCUCUGAGGGAGCGCACCGCGGCCCUGGUGGUGGCCCAGGCUCAGGUCCAGGCUUUGGAGGAGAGCGCCGGCUCCAGAGUGAGCGACCUGACGCAGAGGAUAGCGGAGCUGGAGGAGAGCGUGGAGGAGAAGGAGCUGGAGCUCCACGCCUGCAGGCUGCAGGUGGGGAGAGCCCAGGAUGACGCAGAGUCCCUGCACCUCAAGGUCUCUCAGCUGGAGGACAAGCUCAGGGAGAAGGUGGCUGCCAUGCUGGUGAGCCAGGCCCAGCUGGAAGCCGUUCAGGUCCAAACCAAAGAGCUCCACAGGGAUGAAGCCGUGUUGGAUGAUGCCAUCGCUGGACUGGUGCACUCCAGAGCAGGUGCGGAGCUCUGGCCCUCACCAGGCCUCGCAGUGGCUCCGGUGCAGAAGGUGGAGAGGGUGGGGAAGGUGGGCUUCCUGACGGAGAAGCUGCAGGAGCUGGAGCUGGGUCUGAGCUUCAUGCAGAAGGACCAGGAGCUGCAGAAGGAGCUGCUGAGCAGCUCAGAGGAGGAGGUGCAGGAGUACGAGAGGAGGCUGGCUGUGCUAAUGGAGCUACUCAACCAGAUGAGAACAAGACCACCGCACACACCUGCCCAGGCUAUGGGUGACGACAGUGCAGCAAUGGAGGAGCUUCUUCAGGAACUGCAGGAGGUCAAAGGUGAAGCAGCAGCUACUAAAGAAGAGCUGGACAGCUGCAGAGUGCUCAGCCAAAAACUCCAGGAACAGAUAGAGCUCAAAGAGGCAGCGAUAGAGGAGCUGGAGAAAGACCUACAGAAGGCCUCAGAACAAGGUAGUGAAGAAGACUCCAGCAAAGUGUCUGAGCUUCUUCAGGAGCUGCAGGAGGUCAAAGGUGAAGCAGCGGCUACUAAAGAGGAGCUUAGCAGCUGUAAAGACAUCAGCCAAAAACUGCAGGAACAAAUCCAGGAGCGAGAGAUGACGAUCGCCCUGCUGAAGGAUCAGCUGCACCGGGCAUCAGGUGAAGUCGACAAUUCUGAGAUUCUUCAGGAGCUUCAGGAGGUCAGAAGUGAAGCGGCAGCAACUAAAGAGGAGCUGAACAGCUACAUAGAAAGGAGCCUUAAACUGCAGGAGCAGAUACAGGUUCGAGACGUGUCCAUUGCUCAGCUGAUGGACGAGCUCCAGCAGCUCCGUACGGCCUUAUCCAAAGCCAGCGAAGACGCCCCGGCCCAGCAGCCUCAAUCCCACUCCAGGAAGAAAGCAGGAAAGCACAGUGAGGGAAAAGGCAAAGGCAGCAGUGUAGCCAAAGACAAACCAUCCCUGUCCAGGAAGAACUCCAACAGCCAGCCUGAGAAGUCUGCCAACGGCUCACAGGCCUCCUGCCAGACUCGGGUGGACGCGGGGACUCAGGUGGAGCAGGUGGAAGUGUCGGAGGAGCUGGAGGAGGUGAUUGGGGAGUACAGAGAGCGGAUCGGGCAGAUGCAGGAGCUCCACGCUGCUGAAAUCAUGGACAUGGAGAACAGGCACAUUUCAGAGAGCGACAGUCUGAAGAGGGAGAACCAGCGGCUGGAGCAGGAGUGCAGCGCUCUCAGAGCCGCCGUGGCCAACCUGCGCUCCGGAGAGGCUGCAAGACAGGACCUUCCUGCGUCCUCCCAGUUCAGAGACGGCUACGCUAGCGACAGCAGCUCGGACUGGAGCCAGCGGACGGGCUUCGAACUGCCUCACCUGCAGGCCGAGUUCAGGAGCACACCUGAGGGAGCGCGCAGGGACGACUCUGAAGUACUGCCUGAUAGGAUCAAGACUCUGCUGAGGGAGGUUCAUCAGGAGGGCAUGCAGGUCCUGUCUCUGUCUGAAAUCCCUGUCCCUGAGGCGGAACACCCUGCAGCACAGCUCCCUCUGCAGGCCUGGAGGAAAGAGAAGGAGGCGCUGCUGGACACGGUGGAGUCCCUGAAAACCCUCGUUACUCAGCUACAGACUCACAGCCAGACCCAGACAGACACAGAGUCUGCAGGAGACUGGCGUGCUGACCUGCUCAGUGCGGUGCAGCAGGUGUUUCUGAGGGAGCGAGAGGUGCUGAAGGUCACACUACUCACCCAGCUGGACCUGCUGGACACCAGAGAUGCUGUGAUUCACCUCAACCAGCUGGAAAGAGCACUUACAGACCAGGAUGCUGUCCAGCGCGAGGUGCUGUCAUCUCUUCAGUCCGCUGACCGCCGCAGUCUGCUGGCUGAAAUCAGUGACCUGCGGACUCGGCUUCAGCACCUGCAGCAGGACGCACACCUCAGUCAGCAGCCCCGCCCAGUGGACAGCAGCGGGAUGUCUGAAGACUGGCCGGAGGCUGGAGGUGAGGUAGAGGGAGGAGGCAGCGAUGGAAGGAGAGAGGGGGGCAGUGAUGGAGGAGGAGGAGGAGAGAGAGAAGACAGGCUUCCUGCAGCAGUGGAGGAUCUGAAGGGUGAACUGGCUCAGACCAAACUGGAGCUGGAGGUUUCACUGCAGACUCAGAGUAAAUACCUCAAAGAGCUGGAGACACUGAGGGCGGAGGUGUGUGGAAAAGCCUCUGAGCUGGACUCUCUGAGUGACCGGCUGGCGGAAGAGCAGAAACGGGUGAGAGAGCUACAGUGGGCGAUGGAGAGAGAGAAGAACAGAGCCACACGGAGGGAGGAAGGAGAGCGAGAGGAGCUAGAGGACCUGAGGCUGGCUCUGGAGGACCAGCAGGCUCGUGUCGCAGAUCUGUCUGUUUCUCUGGAGGAGGAGAGGAAAGUGUCUACUCAGCUCCGAGAGGAGAGAGACGGAGAAAUCUCCGAACACAUCAGCCUCAACACUGAGCUGCAGGUGCAGUUGGAGGCCCAGCGGCUACAGGCUGUUGAGUUGAGCUCCUCACUGCAGAAGGAGAAGGAACUGAACGCCCAGCUGCUCAGACAGCUGCAGCGCUCCAACCCAGACACGCAGCGCCCCCCGCAGGCCGUCAGCGCUCAGGGGGUGGAGCUGGCCGAGGCGAGCUGCAGCCAGGUGGAGGAGGGCGUCCGCUCCGUGGAAGUCCUUCUGCAGUCGCUCCAGGAUCAGUUGACGGAGAAGCAGUCAGCCCUGGUGGAUCUGAUGGGGCAGUUGGAGCAGCAGAAGCUGCAGGAGGUUCAGGCUAAACGAGCCUGGGAGCAGGACAGAGCCGAACUGACCCGUGACCUGCAGGGGGCGAGAGAGAGCCUGGCGAAGCUGGAGAGACAAGCGGAGGAGCUGAAGGCCCAGCUGGACGGAGAGAGGGAGCGAGGGCUGAGGCUGGAGAGAGAGAGAGACGGACUGCAGCAGCGAGUGACCGAGCUGAUGGAGAGAAGUCAACGGGACAGCCAGCAGCAGACUCCUUGGAGAGCUGAAGGUCAGCCAGUGGACCGGACGCGAGACUGGGUCUUACAGCAGAAGGAAGAGGAGGCUCGGACUCUGACCUCCAGCAGCACCACCAUGCUGGACGCUGCAGGACAAACGGCAGACUCCAGAAACCUGGACAGCGUCAUCACCAGACUGCAGCUCAUUGCCAGCAAGAUCAACGGCAUGACCAGCAACACUGCCGGCAGGCUGCCCGCGGAGGGUCCUGACAGAGAGAGCUUAGCCUGGUUACACAGCAACGUUCAGGACGUCCUGUCUCUCCUGCAGCAGGUCCCACCAGUGCCCCCUCCUGUACCAGAGAGCGCCGCCCUACUGACCGGAGGCUCAUCCAGUGCGCUGACAGAGCGUUUGCUGAGGCAGAACGCUGAGCUCACCGGGUUCGUCAGUCGCCUGACUGAGGAGAAGAACGAGCUGAGGAAUCAGCUGCUGAGUCUGGAGGAGGAACUGAGGAGACAGCGCCACCUGUUGGCACACAGCUCCAGCAGGAGUGGCUCUGAAGGUCAGGAGCUGGUGCUGUUCUCCAGCGAGAGGGAGGCGUGGAGCAGGGAGAAGAUGAGGCUGGAGAAGUCUCUCAGACAGGCGGAAGCAGAGCUGUCUCGGCUCCGGGGGGAGAUCCGCUCUAAUACCCUCAGAGACGUCGCUGCGCCGGACACCGACAACUCUGCGCUGAAGAGGAUCUAUGGGAAGUACCUGCGUGCCGAGAGUUUCCGGAAGGCUCUGAUCUACCAGAAGAAGUACCUGCUGCUGCUGCUGGGGGGCUUCCAGGAGUGCGAGGAGGCCACCCUCUCUCUGAUCGCCCGAAUGGGUGGGCGACCCACGUACUCCCACCUGGAGUCUCUGGGUCAGCACCGCCGCGGAUUCACGCGCUUCCGAUCCGCCGUCCGCGUCUCCAUCGCCCUCUCCAGGAUGCGUUUUCUGGUGCGGAGGUGGAAGAAGGCCACAGGAGGGUCCCUCAGCACCCCCAGCAUCAACAGAAAUGGACUGGGCCAGUUUCCAGGUAUCGAGGGCAGGAACGACUCCCCCUACCUGCAGCCGAGUGUGGAGCAGUACGGAGAGCGGAGGGGGACAAACCGCACUGGGAGAGAAUCGCCCCGGACUGGACAUUACAGCCACCACCGGUAUGGUGCUGUAGGAGGUGAUGGAGGGAGCGUUCUGUGUUCUCACCUGCAGAACUACGAUCCUGACCGUGCACUCACUGACUACAUCUCUAGACUGGAGGCUCUGCAGAGGAGACUGGGCAGCGUCCAGUCAGGUUCCUCUUCAUACGCUCAGCUGCACUUUGGCGUGAGGAGAUGAGAUGUUCAGAUGUCCUCCUGGACCCAUGUGGAGAAGCAGAGUGGACGGAGGGCUGGGCAGCCGUUGGUGGUGCUGAGCUGCUGCUGUGGUUUUGUGCUCAUCAUAAACGUGGAUCGAUAACGGGACCAAACCAGCGUCUGUACUCGGCGUGGCUGUGUGUGCGUUAGGAUGCGUUUGUGUCGCUGAUUCUAAGUCAAUCAUGUUGUAAAUGUGUAUUUGUGGGAAUGCUAAUUUAAUUAAUUUAUACUGUGUACGCGGGGGUGUGAUAGUGUAGAGGGGGCGUGGCUUUACCGGAGGCUGCUAUUGGACUCAUGCUAACACUGAUACUGUAUGAGAUGGCACGUUUCCUGUUAUAAACGCCUAAUAAAGUCUUAACGAAGCACAUAAGAGUGACAUUUAUAACGCCGUUCGAUGUGCGCCGGGGUGUUUUCUUCCACCUGCGGCAUCAGGACCGCAACCGAGCGGACGACGCAGCGUACGACGGCUGUUAUAAAUGUUAUUUGGUGUUGUAAUCUGCCUUAUGAGGCUUCGUAAGGGCUUUAUAAAGGCCGCAGUGUGCCGCUGUGCGUCUGUACAGUGUUUCAGACACACUACACUGUGUUUUAUUAGCUCGGUUUAAGAACAGGACAUUUGUAGAAGACAUAUUUUUGUAAAGGCAGGAGCUGAAUUUUCUGGGUAUUUUGUCAACACUGAAAUAAAGAUUAAUAUAAUAUUUCA